AUGGGUGCUGUUCUAGCCCUUCCAUUUACUGGUGUGAUAGGCACCGUGGCCUCGUCAUGUCUGGCGGGCCUCGCAUUCUGCUUCACUUCUACAGCAGCAUCCAUGUUCUGCAAGUCUUGUAAUUGCAAUUCCUCGAUUGCGACUCGUGUCGGGUUUGCCAUCAUAUUUGCCCUUAAUUCAAUCUUGGCAUGGGUGAUGCGUACCGACAGAGCCAUCAAGCUUAUCGAGAAAUGGAGCUACGACUACAUAAAGAUGGACUGCACCAACGAUAAGUGCUAUGGAGUCCUUGCCGUUCACCGCAUCUGCUUUGCUCUCUGCCUCUUUCAUGGACUCCUCAGUGCCUCGCUUAUUGGCGUUAAAGACACUCGUGACAAGCGCGCUGCCAUCCAAAACGGCUGGUGGGGUCCCAAAGCCUUGCUCUGGCUCGUACUAAUUGGUGUUUCAUUUGCAAUCCCGAAUCCCUUCUUUAUCUUCUGGGGCAAUUAUAUUUCCCUUAUUGGUGCCACUCUCUUCAUUAUCCUUGGAUUGGUCCUCCUCGUCGAUUUUGCGCAUUCUUGGUCCGAAACAUGUCUGGACCAUAUCGAUGCCGCUCCGGAAGACUCAAAACUAUGGCAAUUCAUCCUUGUUGGCUCAACUAUGGGCCUAUACGCUGUUAGCAUUACCCUCACUGUGCUCCUCUACAUUUUCUUUGCUGGUGGAGGCUUCCAGGAAGCCAAUCCUCGCUCAGGACUGGCGCAGGCUAGCAUGGUUGCAGCUUACUGCACGUACCUUAUUGCGUCUGCUGUAGGGAACCACACCGAUGGCAAAUGCAACCCCCUCCAUCGCUCUCCUGCACGAAACGGCACAGUCGUCAUGGGCGCCAUGUUCACUUUCUUGGCCAUUGCGUAUUCUACCACCCGUGCGGCGACUCAGAGCCGGGCGUUGGUCGGAAAGAAGAAGGGCGCUAUUUCCCUUCCGGAUGCAGAGGAAUAUCAUCCUAGAGGAGAUUCAGGUGUUGGAUUGGUCACUACUCAACCAUCGAGAAAGGAUACACCAAGAUAUCAGGCAAUUUUGGCCGCAGUUGAAGCUGGUGCUAUCCCGGCUUCAGCUCUGGACGAAGAUGAGGAUGAGGAAGACAACUCUCCGAGCGGAGAUGAGCGGGACGAUGAACGCUCUGGAACUCGUUACAACUACUCUUGGUUCCAUGUCAUCUUCCUUAUGGGUAGUAUGUACGUUGGGAUGCUCCUCACCGACUGGAAUGUCGUGAGCACACGUCCAUUGCCGGACAACCCUGAUCCACACCAAGACAUUUACAUUGGUCGCUCAGAAACCGCCAUGUGGAUGCGUGUUGUAUCAAGCUGGGUCUGUAUCCUACUUUACAUCUGGAGUCUGGUUGCACCAGUGGUUAUGCCAGAUAGGCAAGUUGUGAAACCCUACUGA